AUGAAUCGACAUGAACAAGUUGAAGAAGUACUAGACUCCAGUAGUAAGGGGAUGGAACUAAAAAUUCUUUCAAAGUGUACGGAUACAACUUGCAGCGAUGAUGAUGUGGUACGAUCUGGGAAUAUAUGCAGUCUGAGACGUGUCACUGGAAGUAUUCCAGUUGUAUGUUAUUCGCUCUGCUUUAUAGAGUUUAGUGAAAGGCUAUCUUAUUAUUUGAUACAGGGAUGUAUUACCAAUAUGAUCCAGCGGGGACUACCCCACGAUUCCACUACUGGUGCAGUUGUCGAAGAUGCAGCACAUUCAAAUGAGAGUCCUGGUGCCUUAGGCUUGGGUCUUCCAUUGGCUACUUUUCUUCUGCAAUUAAUGACCUGGACUGCCAAUAUUUCACCACUUAUCAGUGGUUAUUAUGCUGAUACCAAGCUUGGGCGUUUUAAUGCCAUUGUCAUUGGUACCGUAGUGGGCAUAUUGGGUCAUGUUCUUUUAUUGGUUGCUGCUUUUCCAGUGGUGCUUCGAAUAGUGCCCCUAUCACUAAUACUCACAGUUAUUUCCCUUUUAGUGGUUGCUGUCAGUGCUGGCUUUAUUAAACCAAACUUAAUGCCGCUUUUAAUGGAUCAAUACAGUGCACAAACCGACUACGUUAAAAGUUUGCCUUCUGGUGAGCAGGUUCUUGUUGAGAGGAAGGCAACUUUGGAAAAGAUGACCCUAAUAUAUUACUUGUUCAUCAACAUUGGUUGCUUUCUCGCAUUCAUUGGCUCCUUUAUCGAAAGGAAAUAUGGAUUCUGGGCCGUCUAUUUACUCACUGCCGUGGUCUAUAUGGUGUUACCAUUUUUAUUGCUGUUUCUAAAGCCAAAACUGCGCAUAAUAAGCCCAUCUGGAAGUUCGAUCUUUGAUUCCAUUUUCCCCUUACUGCGGAUAUGCUUUUCGAGGGGAUGGUUUUCUCGUCUUCUUCACGGUGAGUUCUGGUCUUAUUCGCAACUUCAAACUACUUCUUCAUCGAAUUCAAACAGACACUCUAUUACCAUGAAUGAUUUACACAGUACUUUUCAAAAUUGCGCCAUUUUUUUGUACUUUAUCGUGUUUAACGUUAACGAUAGUGCACUCACACCGUUGCAGAUAAAUCAAUCCGGAUCAAUGACGACAAAUGGUAUGCCCAAUGAUUUUUUCCAAUCUUUCAAUCCAUUGGCCAUCAUACUCAUGAUCCCUAUUCAGGACUGUGUUAUAUAUCCAAUUCUCCGAAGAAAGCGAAUUGUAUUCACAUCCGUUGAUAAGAUAACAAUUGGCUUUGUCCUAGCAGGCCUAGGAUCCAUAUAUGGUGCCUUUUUACAGCAUAGAAUUUACACAACAAGCAAAUGUGGAGAUUAUGCAUCAACUUGCCCUACAGUUGCCCCAGUAUCUGCUUGGUGGUGUUCGAUCAUGUUUUCAUUGCAGGCAAUUGGAGAGUGCUUUUCAACUGUUACUUGUUAUGAGCUGGCUUAUUCGCAUUCACCAAAAGCCAUGCAGAGCUUUGUUGUUGCCAUAUUUCUCACGAGUAUGUCUUUUAGCAGUAUUAUAGGAGAAAUCAUCAGUUGUUGGAGCUACGACCCUAAUUUGGUAAAGAUAUUUGGUUGGUGUGGUAUGAUGGGAGUUAUAUUCGCUUUAAUCUUCUUUGUUCACUUCCACCGCCUUAGAGCUGAAGAGUUUUGCGAGAAAUCUACAGGCAGCACAUUAAUUAGUUGA